AUGAUAGGGAUUGUAAUAUGUUCCAGAUCUUUUAGAACGGUGAAGCAAGAGGAGAAACAAAUCCUACCCUGUGAGAAAGAGGCAAUAGAAAGUGUAGCCUUGGAGGAAGGGAAUGAGGUGAAAAUUGGCACGCAUAUUGCUAAAGAAAUGAGAAAGGCCUUGUUGAGCUACUACGGGAGUUCAAAGAUAUCUUUGCAUGUACAUCGCCUCCCCAUAGGACAAGAUUACAAGCCAGUCCAACAAAAAUUGCGAAGGAUGAGGCCUGAUAUUGUGCUGAAAAUAAAAGAUGAAGUGAAAAAGCAGUUUGAUGCUGGAUUCCUACAAGAGGUUAAGUAUUCAGAAUGGGUGGUCAACAUUGUGCCUGUCCCUAAGAAGGAUGGGAAGGUAAUGCCCUUCGGACUAAAGAAUGCAAGGGCAACAUAUCAAAGGGCUAUGGUGACCUUAUUUCACGAUAUGAUGCGUAAGGAGAUUAAGGUGUAUGUUGAUGACAUGAUUGCUAAAUCUCAAACAGAAAGGGAGCAUAUUGAAGUUUUGAGGAAGUUAUUCCUGAGAUUAAGGAAAUUUUAG